CGAACACAAAAAACCAAUAUAAAAAGACAUGAGACAGCGCACCAUCGCACGCAAACGAGUCGAGUCCAUCCCUGCCUCUCAGUGGGGAGUCACGAAGGAACAGUUUCAAGAAUUCAUUGCCAUUGUACGGAGACACCAAGAGCUGGGUUUGAUUCAAAAUGUAGAUCCCAGGUCCGACAAGAACGCAAACGAUGACGACGACGAAGAUACAACUGUCGAAAUAGCUCGCAGCACGGAAAGAGAAACUACGCAUAGCGGGGACAGAAUAAUGGAGAGAAGUGACAGCCGUCGGGCGUGUGAUCUGGCGUCUGAGCUAUGUUGUCUUGCGGUGGACUUUGCUGUGAUGCUGCCUGUGUGUUGCUUUUGGGGUGCCCUGUGUUUAGGCUUGACUCGCUGUGGCAGAGACCCCAUCUGUACCGGAUGCAACGGCAAGUACAAGCUUUAUUGGAGCGAUGUCUUUUGUCCCACUCCUCGGAAAACAACAACGAAGACGAAGAAAACCAAGCGACAGCCAAGAUUGCACCAACAAACCACCGUAACCAUCCAAAGCGAAGCCUGUAGAAUCAGCACUCGGCAGAACUCGUCCUAUUACAGCAACGAAAAGUUUAGAGAUCCCAACAUUGGCCCUAAUAUCCAUCAAGUCAACGCACAAAUCAUCAAGCCGCUCACCAAGGGGUCCUCCCGGCAGGCCCUCCACCCCACAAAGUCUGAAUUUGCCUGGAGUAAACUGGCUGGUGGCGGUGCCGUCAAAAAGACGAGUUGGGCUCUCAUGAAGAACCCCAAUGGUUCGCCCCCUGUCCAGCUGUUUGUGUCUCAUGCCUGGGACGCAGGAAUCUAUGAGAUGGCAAAUCAUCUCUUGGCGGUGUGGCCAGAUGACUGCGAGGCAGCCUAUAUUUGCUUCCUCUCCAAUCCACAAAACUUGGACAUGAGUGAUACUAUUGCGGGUACCAGCAGAUUUGGUCUGGAACGAAGUCCCUUUGCCAUGGCAAUGAAGAAUCCAAACACGAGGCAAUUUGUCAUGUUGGCUACCCAAAACACACCCAUUCAUACCCGACUUUGGUGUUGUUUUGAAGCCUUGCUGGCACUCAAAUUUCAGAUACCAAUCACCAUUUGUGGAGAUGAAACGUACUUGCGCACUGUACAACGACAAGAUGCUGAUUUGCAGAAGCGGCAAAUGGAAGCUUAUCAAAAACGACAAUCACAGCUCAAGAUCCGCCUCCAAGAGGCGACUUCUGGCAUGGAUGAUGCCAAAGCACACGUUCUGACCAUCUUGGGAAUCGUGGCGUGCGGGGUUUACCAUGCGUUGGGGCUUUCGCUGUGGGCUCCUGUGGGUCUAGUCAUGUCAUUGACGGUGGCGGGGCCCCUUGCGGCAGUGAUGGCCACUAUUGUGGUAAUGUUCCAUGCGUCAGCUACAUGUGCAUCAUCGUCAUCCAGUUCGUUCCUUGACAGGCUCAAAUACAUUGGCAAGGCUGUCUUGGCCAUCUUUGCCAGUUUUAUUCUGGUCCCAGCGGGGCUGUUGCUGGGCUCCAUCACGUUGGAAUUUUUUGGCAACAUCAGCAGAAACAAUGCCGUUUGGAGUGACACGGCCAUGGGGUUGGUCGCGAUGUUUGUCUUGUCCUGCGCCGUGGUAAACUUGUGGCUGAAGUUUGACCGAGCCUGCGACAGCUGGAGUCAAAAAGCCAUUCUGGAACAAGGUGCACGACAAGAGGAGAGCACUCAGAUACGGGUAGCCGAAGAGAGGGCACUUGAUGAAAUUCGCCACUUCGCGGUGGAUGUUACUCAAGCCGGGGCAUCCAACAGGAACGAUCAAACUGCUUUACUCGCGGCGAUUGGUGCAGAUGCGAAAAACGUGAAUGACAGAUUGACCGCUUUGAUUCGAGGAAAUCGAAUCAGAAGACAGGAUUAAUAAUGCUGAUUCCGAGGCCUCCCAGGUCGUCUCCAGCACACAAAGACAACACAAUUCCCGUGUCCUCCUCGGCCGUCAGGAGCGAGAGCAUAGAAAGUAAGCAAUAGACAUAAACCGGGGCCUUGCCCUCGAAUCCCAGCUCGUCAUUUUCAU